AUGUCAGUAAAUACAAGUAAAGAACUUUUAGACUUUGAAGACUGUCAAGAAACUAUUAUAGAGAAAAAGAUUGUUGGUCUUUUAAAAAUGAAGACAAAAAACAAAUCCUCGAAUAAAAGACCAACACAUGGAAAACUGGAAACAUUUCCUUUGGAACCACCUAGUGACUUGUAUUCAAGGAUUACCGAAUUCUUAUCAGAAGACGACGAAGAAAGACAAAUUUUCAACGUUAAGCAUAUUGAAGAGAAUGAUAAAAAACUAAUAGUGAGAAAAGAACCAGGAAAUUUGAAAACUUUUCCUUUGAAACCUCCUAUUGAAUGUAAUUAUUUUUUGAAAUUGGCAAAAUUUCUUCUUCAAAAAAAAGCCAACUUAAGUACCAUCAUUUUGGCUAUAGUAUAUUCGAGGGUUAAAGAGUUCUUACCACGCAUCGCAUCAACAAAUAAACAACUCUUGAAAAAAGAUCAAACUAGUAUUAAUAUAGAACAUAUCGAAGAUGACACGGAAUACGUUAUUGAAUGGGAUCUAGGAGUUGGUGUGUUUGAACACAAAAAAGAACCUUCCGAGGAUGACAUUAUAGUCGGCUCCAGCUCUAAGCCAAAAGGAAUAACCUUUAAACCAGUACUAUAA